AGAAAUAAUCGCCCAUCUGCUGUGUCCCGAAGUGAUAUAUUUCUUGAGUCGAAGUGUGUAAACAAGUCUCAGGCGUGUGUACCGUUGCUUGUGUUGUGGAAUCCUUCACGUGCGGUGCGUUCUUCCGCAAACAAGGGGAAAAAGCAAGCCUGUUUUUUUUUUUUUUUCGUCGUGCGUGAGAAUCGCCUCAUGUCCCGGUUCCAGUACCCAUCGGAAGAGAUGGAUUCGCUCCGAGAGCAAGUGAUGAUCAACCAAUUCGUGAUGGCAGCCGGUUGUGCCCGGGACCAAGCCAAACAGAUCCUGCAGGCUGCUCAGUGGCAGUUUGAGACUGCGCUCAGCAUAUUCUUCUCCGAAGUGGCGAUCCCGUGCCCCAAAAGUCAACACCCCGCGAAGGUUUCCAGCAACCCUGGGUUCUCGGUGGGUGCGGGGUUCAUCUCGCGAGACACUUGCUUGUAUUGGCACCGGGUUGUUGACCCGGUGUGUCCGCGUGUAUGUGACCUCUUUCUAAAUCCUCGUCUAUCUGUUCCGUUUUCCGCUGAGAGUCCGCGUUUCUGGCCACCCAUGGUUGCUCAGCAAGUUAAAAGGUCAGCAUCGGUUAAUUCAGUGUCAUCAUUAGACUCUGUGGGACUUGAAGACGAUGGCGAUGAAUUUGAGGAGUUCCCAGCUGAUGACUAUGCGACAAAAUUGUCUCGGCAUGAUGAUGCUGGCGAUGAAGAAGAUGAUGAUGAUAGUGUCAAGGAAGGUCUGGUGAAGAAGAGCAUUUGGGAGGAUGAAUGGGAUGAUGAGUAUGUUGGUGAUGACUUUGCCAUCAUGCUCAAAAAGGACCAAGAGAAGAACCCGGCCCUUGCGCAGUCUCAUGGGGACAAAAAGCAGAAGAAGAGUCAAGUAAUGAAAAUGGAACAAAAGCAACAUCCCGCUACAAGUAACGAGGUCAAUGAAGCUACUGGGGAAGUGGUUGAUGUUGGCUUAAAGCCUCCCAGGGGUUCAAAGGAGAAAUCGUCAUCGAGGAAACCAUCCGUGGAUGAGAAGAAUACAGCAGCUGUGGCCAAGUCAAAGCCAUUGAGAAAACCAAGUGCCAAGAAAUGA